GAGAGUCAGAGAGUCAGAGAGAGAUCUUGCUCUCAGACAGCGAGGGAGUGCCGACUGAUCACGGACCAACGCCAUGGAUGAAUUAGACCUGCUGCUGGCGGAACUCGAGCAGACGUCGCUGAGCGUCGCCCGCUCGUCGGCCGCGUCCGCCGCAGGCAGCUGCUCGCCGGAGGCGCCAGGGGGCGCCAAGGAGCAGGAGUCCAAACCCCAACCCAGCCGGGACGCCGCGGCCUCCCAAGAGGAACUGAUCGCCGUCUACGCCUCAAUCCUCGCGGAGUCGGGAGAGGUUGUCAGCCAAGUGCCGGGACCCAUCGACAUCUCUGACAGGACCCCCGCAGAGCCCGCCCAGGAUAAAGCCGAGAACACGGUGAUGAGCCCCACCUCGGCCGCCAGAGAGCUGGACAGCAUCAUGGCGGAUUUAGCCGGCGUUCUUAGCCCUACCGAACCGUCGCCGCCCGCCGCGGUACAUCCCACUCCCGGCGGAGCGGCGCAGGAGACGGAGAGCUCCCUGGACUGCAUGCUGGGCACCCUGCAGUCCGACCUCAAGCGGCUGGGGGUCAGCACGUGCGCCAAGGGCAUCUGCGGCUCCUGCAAGAAGCCCAUCGUUGGAAAGAUCGUCACGGCGAUGGGUCUGACCUGGCACCCGGAACACUUCGUCUGCGCACACUGCGAAGAGGAGAUCGGGCAGAGCGGCUUUUACGAGAGGGACGGCCGGGCCUACUGCAACAGGGACUACCACAAGCUCUUCUCGCCGCAGUGCGCCUACUGCAGGGGACCCAUACUGGACAAAAUCCUGACGGCCUUGGACAAGACCUGGCACCCGGAGCACUUCUUCUGCGCCAACUGUGGUGAUAUAUUCGGCGCCGACGGCUACCAUGAGAAGGACGGCAAGGCCUACUGCCGCAAGGAUUACUUCAACAUGUUCGCGCCCCAGUGCGGUUGCUGCGAGCGGCCCGUCCUCGACAACUAUCUGUCCGCGAUGAACACCGUCUGGCACCCGGAGUGCUUCGUCUGCAGGGACUGCCUGGCGCCCUUCACGAACGCCUGCUUCUUCGAGGUCGGCGGGCUGCCGUACUGCGAGCUGCACUACCACGAGCGCCAGGGGACGCUGUGCAGCGCCUGUCAGAAGCCCGUCACCGGCCGCUGCAUCGCCGCCAUGGGAAAGAGGUUCCACCCGGAGCACUUCGUCUGUGCCUUCUGCCUGAAGCAGCUGUGCAAGGGGGUCUUCAAGGAGAACAACGACAAGCCCUACUGCAACGCGUGCUUCAACAAACUCUUCCUCUGACCCACCCACCCCUCCCCCACCGCGCAGCGAACCACCUCCCUCCGGCAACCCCCGACCGUCGCUCAUCCAUCGCUCUGCAUGGGAGGUUACAGGCCCUAUGGCCCCCGAUAACGCGCCGACCUCUUGACCCAUCUCACCGACCCCUCGUACCUGGCCCACCAUCUCUCCGUCAUUCAUGCACUUAGAAACAUAGCAAGCAUAGGAAACCGGCAGCACAAUACAGGCCCUUCGGCCCACGAAGGUCUGCCGGACAUGUCCCUUAGGCUGACCCAGAGCCCUCUAUUUUUCUGAGCUCCAUGUACCUAUCCAGGAGUCUCUUAAAAAACCCUAUCGUAUCCGCCUCCACCACCAUCACCGGCAGCCCAUUCCACGCACUCACCACUCUCUGAGUGAAAAACUUACCCCUGACAUCUCCUCUGCACCUACUCCCCAGCACCUUAAACCUGUGUCCUCUUGUGGCAACCAUUUCAGCCCUGGGAAAAGCCUCUGACUAUCCACAUGACCAACGCCUCUCAUCAUCUUAUACACUUCUAUCAGGUCACCUCUCAUCCUCCGUCGCUCCAAGGACUUAUCUAAGAGUUAUUUGCUCCAAAUGCAUCGGCUUUGGCAGGGCGUCCCACGCACUCACUACCCUCUGUGUAAAACAAGCCACCCUGUCAUUCCCCCCCCCCCACCACUAUACUGUUUUACAGUCACCUUAAAAUUAGGCCAUCUUGUGUCAGCCACUCCCGCCCUGGGAAAUAGUCUCUGACCAUCCACCCGAUCAAUGUAAUGAGGCACGCAGGCCGGUAGGGGGAGCCGGAGAGCAAUUUUCUCCGAGGUUGCGAGCGGAUCUUCAUUGGGCAAUUGUUGUUUAACUCGUAACUUCCGGGUCACCUGCACUAUUUAAGGGGGCGGGUCUUUAGAGCUUAUCGCGGGGUCUUAGUCUUGGACAAACGUUUCGUCUCGCAGUGUCGCCCGGUCGAGCCACUGAUGUCGUGCCGCGAUUGCAAUGUAUUCUGAUUUUCUGAUGUAUAAACUCCGUUGCCGUCGCUACAUGGGAGUCUGUCUUUCCUCUGCUCCUGGGUUCCAUCAUUGCCAGGGCGCAUCGUGCCAACCUACCCCUCCGAUCACCUUGAACCACUCUAUCAAUUUUUGUUUUGCAAUGUAGGAUUAUGGGGAAAAGGCAGGUAGCUGGAGAUGAGUUCAGUCAUGAUCUUAUUGAAUGGCGAGGCAGACUCGACGGGCCGGAUGGCCGACUCCUGUUCCCAUUCUUAUCAGCUCACCUCUCACCCUCCUUCGCUUCAGAGAGAAAAGCCCUCGCAGGCCCAACCUGCCUUUGUGAGACAUGCCUUCUCGUCCAGGCAGCGUCCAGACAGGAGGAGGGCAGUUCUCUCACCUCUGCGUUGCUUGCCCCUAACUAAUUUCAAAACCCUUGUGGCCUGAAAUAUCCAGUACACGGUACACCUGUCCCCAGGCUCGUUAGU